AUGGAUUGUGAAAGAACAAAACGCCACGUCGUUUUAUUUCGUCGUCGACUCAUUUUCACUGACUCGAUGGGGAAAUCCACAUGUCUCUCAUUAUGCGAUGUUCUUAUGCCGUGUGCUUACAUUUAUUCUUUACUUAUCUUCGACUAUGAAAUCAAUAGUCUGGAAAAGGAAUUUCUUCAUAUUUACUGUCCACAAGCAUUUCAAUGUAUGAAAACUGAACAAAUUGUCGAUUGUGUUGAAGAUCGACAAGCGUUUUCUUAUGAAUCUCGUUCAAAUGAAAGCCUAUCAAAAUAUUUCCACAAUGACUCAUCAAUCGAUGAUUUAUUUCCAUAUAGUUUCAAACCAAAUGAUGUUUCAUCUUUGAUUUUCUUACAUCAGAUUCGUUUCGAUGAUGGAACCAUCUUAGUUUUCGGUUGUCAUCAUUAUUUCUCUGAUGGACAUGGUUUUAGUUUACUUAGACAACGUUUUUCUUUAUGGUUGAAAGGUAAAAGACCCACUUUACUUGAUCAUGAUCGAUCGAAGUUAAACCAUCUGGCGAAUUCAUCUACAAUUCAGUUUGAACAUAAAGAAAUGAGUGUUAUCGAAUCGAUUCAUUCGUUCGAUUUCCUUUCUUCAACACAAACCGUGAUCAAACAUUCCGCCAAAGAGAAUUUAUUCACUAAACUUGGUAUUACCAAUGAAAAAUUAUCGACAAAUGAUGUUCUUGUCGGCUGGUUAACACAAAUCAUCAGUCGAAUUCGUCAAUUGCCAUCCGAAACAACCGUUAAAGUCGGUAUGGCAUUGAACACUCGAAUGUUCUUACCAGAUAUCAAUGAAAACUACUUUGGUAACGCCAGUUUUUACGUUUGUUUUUCUUUUUCAAUGAUCGAUCUUCUUCAUCGAACCGUUACUCACGAUUUAUUUCGGAUGAGAAGCACAUGGUGGUGUUGA